CUUGGGUCAAUAGAACCUGCACAGGGGCUUCCUCAUUUUCUGGCAUGCCUGCAAAUUGGGAGGCUAACUUGUUGAUUAUCGAUGGUUCGAAAUACUUUGCACUCGACUCGGCACCGGUACCCGCCUACUUGAGUUGUAUGGACUCGACAUGUCGACAGACAUUAACUGAAUCCCUGAAUCGCUCUACAACCAUCUGCUGUGGGCUCGAUCAAACAAAGGAAGGGGGAAUGUACAUCUACACCCCCUUGCAUCAGUCUGUCAUCUUUCUGCAACACCGUGCAGUACGGGAAGACUUGUAGCGACAACUGUCAGCAACUAUCGGAACAGGGACAGCUGAUGCAAUGGAUGAGCUCUCUAUGUUCACAGUUCAGCGGAUGGAAUGGCAAUUUCCGUUCAUCGACAAUACCACGUAUUGGCCGGCGGACAAGGUUCCAUUCGCAACCUAUCCGAGCUGCGCAGCCGGGGCAUGCUCACAGGCAGUGAACAAAUCACUUUCAGACCAAGUGAGUCUCCGGUGUCAGUCCGCCUCGAACUGCGCCAAGCCAAUGGAUGCGGUCAACUGGCCAGCAUUUUGCAGCACCAUUCAGUACGGGAAGACAUGCAGCGAUAACUGCCAGCCUCCCUCAGAACAAGGUCAGCUAAUGCAAUGGAUGAGCACUCUAUGUUCUCAGUUUAGUGGAUGGAAUGGCGCCUUCCCAUUUAUCGACCGCCUUGUAUAUUGGGCAGUUGAUCAAGCUCCAAUUGCCGUUUAUCCGAAUUGCACUGUGGGAACAGGGUGCUCGCAGGCAGUGAACCAGACUCUUUACGAGCAAAACACGACUCUCCGGUGUCAAUCCCCCUCGAACUGUACAUAUCCCACGGAAGCGUGGAACUGGCCGGAAUUUUGCAAAUCCAUUCAAUACGGACAAACGUGUUUGAACAGCUGUAACCAUUGGUGGGAGCGUGGAGAACUCGCGAAUUGGAUGUACACUACGUGCUCUCUGGUUGAUCAAUGGACAGGGCUUCCUGCUGAUUGGCAUCACCUCUACUAUCCUCUUAGAGAAGACCUGAUCCCUUGGCAUUGGAACGUCAGCUGGUCGCCACCAUCCCAGCAAUCUGGUACAUCGACUAAGAGAGCGGCCGAAACACCUGCGAGGCCUCACUGUCCGUCGACAGGUGCGAAGCUAUGUGCUUUUGCGGCAGUAAAUAUUGCAAUGGCUAUCAUCAUGCCCAUCUUGGGGAGGCGAUCAGUGAUAUUCUUUGUGACGUUUGGCUUGCUCGGCAAACCUGAUAUGCAUCUGUGGUGGAUUUCCGGUAUUUUGACACUUUGCUUACAUGUCUUGAGCAAUGCAGUCAACGCAAUUUUGAUCCAGCGAACACCGGGAUUCGCAUCAGUCAAUGUUGGACAAUUGAUCCUACUCUGGUGUACAAGACCAAGGCUUGCGUGGAUGGUGAUGCUCUAUCUCAUGCCUAUGGACGCCGAAAAAACAAUGUAUACUGGCGCUGCUGCAUCCACUUUAUUUGCCGAAGUCAUACUGCAGCUAGCCUCAGCUUACUUCAUGGGUUCUGCAGUGACCUUUGCCAGACUGCAAAAGCUGUUCAAUAAUGGCGUACUGAGUCAUGCACAAGGUGGCCACGAUGCAAUCACCAUGUACGCUGGAGCACUUAUGUGGCUCGCUUGCUUCAUAUUCGCUAUUGGUGCAUGUUCGUGGACUGUCCUCGGAGUUAACACUUAUCUAUUGCAGCUUGGGAGAAGUUUCAAUGGACUCGCCGUGAAAGCACGUAAACAUCGGGACGACUGUCGGACUCUUUUGAGUAAGAAUAGCUUCGCAGCAGAAUCACUAGGAAGUCUGGAGAAAAAUCUCAGCGUUUUGUGUCUGCAACCAUUUCAAGACCAUAACAGUGUCAGACAAGCAGUCACUCAGUUCGCGAGGAAAGAGUCAGGAAAUAGGUACAAGGAAGUCACCGAUUACGAUACACGUUAUUACGAAAAUGGUCACUCGUCUGGUCGCAGCAGACGCUCAGGAGAGAACUCAGAUCUAUCGCUGAAGCUUCCGACCUUCAGGGAUAACGCCCAACGGGGCUAUGAUGCAGCAACGUCAACAAGAGCAGCCGAAGCCAUAACCCUCAAUAAUUUGCACAGACAACUCGUGCAGGCGAAAACCCAACUUCGCAAUCUCGAACUGCAGAUUUUGCCAACCACGACCGCACAACUGCGGCAUCCGAUUCGCGCAGCCCGUAGAUUCUUUACCAGCAUGCAACCUCUCGAGACUGGGGUCGAGCCACUUGAAAGAAAGAUCGCCAGGACAAAGAUUGAUAUCGGGACCCUAACUCGAAGCUGUGAAGCAAGCGCGAGUGUCAUCGCUGGAUGGGAUGCUACCAUUUCAGAAUGGAGCUGGACGCUGAGGAAAUGGGACCAUCUCAUCGAGGAGCGUGAAAAGGAGAGGUCGAGAGCUGAUGAUGCUGAUCCCGAGACCAGAAGGCUGAGAACUUUGACUAAAUGGACGUUCUUUGGAAUGCUUGGAUGCUGGAUUGCUCAAUGGGUGUGGUGGGUAGGAUACAUUCAGGUUAUGGGAGAUGCAUACUGUCCGCCAAACUUAGCAGCGAUUGCUGCCAUUUGGACACUCUUUUCGGCUACAGGUGCCGCUUCGGGAGCAAGCGUAUGAUAGGUAUAAGUAUGAGAUAAAGUGACAUUGAUCAAUUUGCAUAGCCGGUAAUGGGAGGAGAGUAAAGCUGAAUGUCAGGUGUAAAGCGCACGAAAUAAAAUUGAGCCGUGAAGUAUGGCAGUGUGCCGAGUAGGGUUGCCACUUUAUUGUAAAAGAGAAGUAUAUUAUUAU